AUGGUAGAUAAUUCGACAAUUGCGUUUGCAGUCUCUCUGGUAGCAGCCUUUGUGUUUCUAAGGGUGUUUGUUCGCCCUCCUGAACUGAUAGAGUCUAGAGAUGCAGAGCUAAAGAUCAAAGAAGCGAUUGAAAGUCGGAAGAGAACGGCUACAACUGCCGAUAGUAAAAGAGAUGUGUCAGAAGGUAUGGUUGAAGUCGUCAAGACCGUAGUUCCCCAGGCCAAAGAUGCCGACGUUCGAGAGGUGUUGAAUAAGACACGUUCCGUUGAGAGAGCGGUUGAGUUGUUGUUGGAGCAGGUUAGGGAAGCAAAGCCCGAAAAGAGUGGAAUGAAGGAAGCUGAACAGAAACCAGAACCAGUGAAACUGCAAAACCCUGGCUGGGCAGACACUAAAGAAGAAAGGGCCCGCAAUAUGGAACUAAAACGAAAGCAAAUGAUUGAACAGGCCAGAAAGAGGUGCCAAUCUCAGGGCUGA